AUGGACAAUUUGCAUCAGUAUGUUAGAAUAGACAACCUUUCAGACUUACUUGAUUAUCCAUCCAGGGACUUCUUCCUUCCAGAAUUGGAUCCAUACCAAGGUUUAGAACUUGUUACUAAAGAUGAUGAGGCUCAUGGACCAAGAUAUAUUCAAAUGGAUGUGUUUAACACAAAGGAUUGGCUUUCGUUUUUGGAAAAGAUUAUCUUUAAAGAAUCACAACAGGACAAGAAUACGGGAGGAUUGGUUUUAUUAAUUGAUUGUGCCUUUCAGCUCGGUUCUGUAUCGAUCCCAAAUAGCUUUUUAAACAGUGUAUACUCCAAGUUAACUCCGAAGUCAGGCUUAAAUCAGCAACAGCCUUUAUCAUCCGAACAAGUUUCGCAGUUUUUUAGCAGAAGACUUGUUUUAUGGAACGAUGUGACCAGUCUAGACCAGUUGAACAACAAACUUGGUGCCAUUUCAAACUCCUUGAGCUUCGAGUACAUGGAUAGAAGUCUUGAUUACGUUAUCAUAUCCAAUGUGUCUGUUUUCUACUGGCAAAUGCGGGAUUCGGGGGAUUUUCGUGAUCUUGUUAGGUUUCAUAGCAUUUGUAAGGGCCUCAGUCAUGACUACGAAUGUAUGACCAUAUCUUCUAUGUCAUAUAUAGCAAGAUAG